CAGGACUGCACUCACUCAUCCACCACAGCUUAGCUCAGCUACCACCAGUGCCUUAGACACUCUUGAUCUUGAACAACCAUAGGAAGCAAUGGUCUACUCCAAAGCCACAGCUUGCCUGUUCAUCAUGCUGCUCCUUGCUCCGGCCAUCAUGGCCGCCGACCCUGACCCUCUCCAGGACUUCUGUGUGGCCGACCUCGACGACAACGCGGUCCGGGUGAACGGAUACCCGUGCGUGCCCCAGUCGGAAGCCGGCGACGACUUCCUCUUCUCCUCCAAGCUAGCCAGGGGCGGCAACACGUCCACCCCGAACGGCUCGGCCGUGACGAGGCUGGACGUGACGGAGUUCCCCGGCGAGAACACGCAGGGUAUCUCCAUGAACCGCGUGGACUUCGCGCCCGGGGGCACCAACCCGCCGCACAUCCACCCGCGCGCCACCGAGAUCGGCCUCGUGGUGAAAGGCGAGCUCCUCGUGGGCAUCAUCGGCAGCAACGAGUCCGGGAACAGGCUCUACUCCAGGCUGGUGCGCGCCGGCGAAAACUUCCUCAUCCCGCGCGGCCUCAUGCACUUCCAGUUCAACACCGGCGACACCGAGGCCACCAUGUUCGUCUCCUUCAACAGCCAGAACCCCGGCAUCGUCUUCGUGCCGCUCACGCUCUUCGGCUCCGACCCGCCCAUCCCCACGCCGGUGCUCACUAGGGCUCUCCGGGUGGACGCCGGGGUGGUCGAACUUCUCAAGUCCAGGUUCGCCGGUGGGUCUUUCCAGGCCUCCUAAGAGCCUGCCCAAGAUGAUCAAUACAUAAUCCGAUCUGCAUGCUACGCUAGCGAAAUUUAAUACUAGUUCACAGCACGAGACUUGUAUAUAAGCUUCGAGCGAUGCUAUACACACGAUGAAAUUGCAGCCGACCUGUGCACGAUCCUAUGUGGCAGCACAGCAGCGCACUACAUGCAGGAGGGAGUUGGUUUUCUGUUAGCUGAUGCAUGCACACUGUGUGUCGUUCGUAGAUCGUGCAGUCCAUGUCGUGUGUGAAGCCAUUUCGAUAAGCUUCUGGUUAAGCUCGCAUGCAUGCAGUUGUAAUACGAUUGAAUAAGUUAGCCUCGCAGUUCUGGCCGUCAAAACCGACACGAGGAAUUGAAAUGUAUUACUUUCUAUUGCCAUAUUUCCUCUAUAUAUUGAACGCUGUAUACAAA